UAGGCCGAAGUACAGGUCCUCUCUCUUUCUCUCUCCCUCGCAUAUAAACAUGAGAGUUCAUGUGUAUGUUCUGCAUAUUUCUUCUGUUUCAUCAAAACCCUCCUCUCAAAAAUGGCUUCCUCUUCCAAAACCAUGAAAUUAGCAGUUAUGGUAGCUGAUAUGGCAUCUUGGUACUGUGCAAUAGUCCUCUUAGGCUUGAUAUUGUUUGCAUCGAUCAGAGAGAAUUCCCUUGUGGAUCAUGAUCAUAUCGGAGGGAACCAUUUUUUUCACCGGCCGUGCGACGAGAUCUAUGUGGUCGGAGAAGGAGAGACCUUGCAUACCAUCAGCGACAAGUGCGGCGACCCGUAUAUCGUGGAGCGGAACCCGCAUAUCCAUGACCCGGAUGAUGUCUUCCCUGGGCUUGUCAUCAAGAUCAUUCCUUCAAAACCCUAAUUAGGAAGUUUUUUGAGGUGGUUUCUAGGCUUUGUUGUCAUUUGCAAUCAAUUCUCACCUAUAGGCCUUUAUCUUUUUUUUUUUUUUUAUCUUACACAGAAUGAUGAAUACUUGUUUUUUGUUGUUUAAUACAAGGGGAAACUUCUUCAUCAACACCAGCUUUGUAUCAUAUGAGUGGAAAAUAAAGCGAAUAUAUAUAAGAACACUUUGUCUUUGUGUGUAAUUAGUAUAAAUUCCUUUUUUGAGGGUGGGUUA